UUCAUUGCAACAUCUUUGUAGACAAACUAAAGGAGCAAAUUCACAUGUAAAUCUAAAGAACAAAAGAAUAAAGCAUAGAUUAAUCAUACACACAUAAUAAGACCGGGACCAAAUUUUCCUCUUUUGCCAAGUUCCCAAAUUCUCUAUAAAUACUUCUUGUCUCCAUUUCACAACAGCAACGUGGACUCUUUCUUUGUUUUGGCUGACUCUUCUUUCACCGUUUCCUUAGAGAACUUAUUCAUCUCAUAAACACCACACACAACACACACUUCUCUUUCUCCUUCUCUCUAUAUAUUUUAAUAUCAACUUUCUAGGGUUUCCAAGUUCAUAUAUAGUGAUGGGUUUCUCAAUGUUCUUCUCCCCCGAAAACGACGUCAGCCAUCAUUCCUCUCCAUAUGCUUCUGUUGACUGCACUCUCUCACUUGGAACUCCCUCCACUCGCCUCUGCAACGAGGAUGAUGAACGUAGAUUCUCGUCUCAUACCUCCGACACCAUAGGCUGGGACUUCUUGAACGGUUCCAAGAAAGGCGGUGGAGGCGGCGGACAUAACCUCCUCGCUCGCCGUUGCGCCAACUGCGACACCACUUCUACUCCUCUUUGGAGAAACGGUCCAAGAGGUCCCAAGUCGUUGUGUAAUGCGUGUGGAAUCCGAUUCAAGAAAGAAGAGAGACGUGCAUCGACCGCCAGAAACUCGACCUCCGGCGGAGGAUCAACUGCAGCUGGAGUUCCAACUUUGGAUCAUCAAGCAAGUGCAAAUUAUUAUUAUAACAAUAAUAACCAAUAUGCUUCAUCGUCGCCUUGGCACCAUCAGCAUAAUACGCAGAGAGUUCCAUAUUACUCGCCGGCCAAUAACGAAUACUCAUACGUUGAUGAUGUCAGAGUUGUUGAUCAUGACGUCACAACCGACCCGUUCUUGUCUUGGAGGCUUAACGUCGCCGACCGGACCGGCCUUGUCCACGAUUUUACGAUGUGAUGAGUGAUCAUUUCAUAGAUAUUCCCCUUAUAAGUCUUAGCCUUGGAUACCUUUUAACAAAAAAGAAAAGUCUUAGCCUUCGUUAAAUUCUUUAUUUUACUUUCCUUUAAAUAUAAAUAUUUAAUGUCUUUUUUUGGUCUCUGUGUAAGUGUUUUUCUUAAAUUUAUAAUUCGUAUGAUGGAUGCUACUUGUGUUUUCCUUGCAUGACUUUUAAAAU